CGAAUUUUCAGUUUGUCAUUUGAGACUUGAGUAGAAUUUCAAUCGGUGAUCCAUUGCUGAUUCCAUCGAAAACGGUUUCUGCCUUGAGCCCAGUGUGAAGUGAAAUAAAGUGUGUGAUAAAUAAUUAGAUUCAGUGCAAGAUUAAGUGUUUGUAUCUUUUUGUGUGAUAAUGGCAACGGUCUUAACACCAUCACCUGCCUGAAUUUACAACUCAAGUGCAGAAAACCUAAGGCCCAAGUAUCAAGCAUCACCCAACCACAAUGAAAAUGGUGUUGUCACAACGACAACGAGAGGAGCUCAACAAAGCUAUCGCCGACUACUUAGGCAGCAAUGGAUACACGGACGCGCUGGAAGCGUUCAAGAAGGAAGCGGAUAUGACAGGCGAAAUGGAUCGAAAAUUUGGUGGCCUCCUCGAGAAGAAGUGGACGUCUGUUAUCAGGCUACAGAAAAAAGUGAUGGAACUGGAAUCAAAGUUAUCCGAGGCGCAGAAGGAGUUUAUAGAGGGUGCACCUACUCGUGCUAAGCGCACGCCCACUGAGUGGAUACCUCGUCCGCCAGAGAAGUUCAGCCUUACCGGCCACCGUGCUACUAUUACUAAGGUAAUAUUUCACCCAGUGUUCAGUUUAUUAGUGUCAUCGAGCGAGGACGCCACCAUCAAGGUGUGGGAUUUCGAAAAUGGCGACUUCGAACGAACCCUCAAGGGUCACACUGACUCUGUACAAGAUAUCGCUUUCGACCAUUCCGGAAAGCUGUUAGUAUCAUGCAGUGCAGACAUGUCGAUUAAGCUGUGGGACUUCAAUCAGACAUUUGAAUGUGUGAAGACAAUGCAUGGUCACGACCACAAUGUAUCAUCUGUGUCCUUUUCGCCCAGCGGUGAUAUUGUCUACUCGGCCAGCCGAGAUAAGACCAUCAAGGCAUGGGAGGUUGCCACUGGGUACUGUGUUAAGACAUACAAGGGUCACCGUGAGUGGGUUCGUAUGGUGCGUGUGUCAGCUGAUGGAAGCCUUCUCGCAUCUUGCUCCAACGAUCAGACUGUGCGCAUCUGGAAUGCUGAUACUAAUGAGUGCAAGAUGGAGCUACGUGAGCACGAGCACGUGGUAGAGUGCGUCUCGUGGGCGCCUGAGAGCGCCGCAGCCGCCGUCAACGAAGCGGCCGGUGGUGACAACCGUCGCGCUAACCACGUAGGACCCUUCCUCGCUAGUGGCUCCAGGGAUAAGUCUGUUAAGAUAUGGGACGUUAGCACCGGCGUAUGCCUGGCGACUCUGGUAGGGCACGACAACUGGGUGCGAGGUGCUGUAUGGCAUCCUGGAGGCCGCUACCUUCUGACAGCGUCUGAUGAUAAGACCCUCCGUGUAUGGGACGUGGCUCACACACGCUGCCUCAAGACUUUGUACGCGCACCAACACUUUGCCACCAGCCUUGAUUUCCACAAAAACUUGCCAUACGUCAUAUCGGGCAGCGUUGAUCAGACGGUCAAAGUUUGGGAGUGUCGUUAAUAGCUUUGCCAUUAUAGUAACUUAAACUCACCGAUGAUAUCAUUAAUUUCACAUUUACGAAAUCUGCAAUCAAUCGAUCGAUAAACGUGAAGAAAAAAUUGAUAUUCAUUCCUCCAUAAUGGUGAUACGUCUAUAAUUACCGAUAACAACACAUUCCAUUCAAGUCGGCUGUUUUUACGAUUAUUUAACUCGCGAUUUUAAAUGAAAUACAGUUUUUUUACGAUUUAAACUUAUUCUCAAUUAUAUUCUUCUCGCUUACAAUACAGUUGAAGGCUUAUUAAUGUUAGCGCCAUCUGUUGCUUCAAUUAUACAUUAUUAAGAAAAAAACGUCUAGGUAUUUUAUUAUCCAGUUUUAAAAGUGUAUUUUAUUUAAAUAUUGGCGGUUAUCACUUUUUGGGUUAACAUCUGACGUAGUCACCGGAACGAUGUGAGGAGCCAAGCUGUGUUAUUUCAUUCUGUUUUUUAGUUAUUUUUAGAAUGUUUAGAUAUAACUUUAUUUGGUAUAGUUAAUUUUUGUCUGCUCUAAAACCUGUACCUUAAUUUGUUAGUUGAAUUCAUGACAAUCAUUGGAUUUGUUCGCUAAUCACAUACUCAUUUCUUGUACAUAUAUUCGUCUCUACACGAUCUCAUUAUGUUUGUUAGCAAGUGCCAACAACAUUAAUGAUCAAGAUUUUUCUCAUAUGGAAUCCUCGCAAAACUUUACUAUUGAAUAGGGGAAUGGCAAGCCGGAAACAUAUAGUAGCUUAAAUAUCCCUGUCUCACUCAGUUUGUUCUCAAAGGAACGAGAUGGAUGCUCUCAUGUUAUUCUCGAGUUCAAAAGUUAAGCAAUAGUAAAGGUUAGCGAAUUGAGGGUAGUUACCCUGCAAAGUCAGAGGCGUGAUCGAUUUAAGUUCGGUUUGUAUCGACGGUAAAUUGAAUAGAACUUAUUUUAAGUUUUGUCAACUCAAAACUUUAACUAUAAGUUAGAGUGUAUAAUUUUUUUAUUUAUUUUACAUGUUCAAUAAAUAUUUUAUUAAAUGUCUCAAACAAAAUUAAUUUGUAGCACAUAAAUUGCGAGUAAGUGAUUUUUUAUGCAACCUAAGUUUACUGUAGCGUUAAUUUUAAGUUUUGUAUAUCAUACAAGUUACGUAAACUGAAGUGUGUGAUAUAAUACUAAUAUUUUUUCUAUCCCGCUUGAGGUAGCUAGAUUCAAAGAUAAUUAUUGAUGCCUGUUUGAAAAUUUUAGUUAUUUAUUGAAAUUGUGGAAUUUGGUUGGCCGUAUUUCUAGAAUAGGGGUAGUGUAGGUCGUAAUAUUAGCUUUGCAGUGCUAAAUGUUGAGCAUCGAAUAGGAGGAGUAAAAUGAUUAUUUAAUGAAUAUUCAUGUUUACUGGAUUUGCUUAGAAAGUGUUGCCAAACUGUCCAUGACAUCGUUUUUAAAAGACUCGGUUAAUACAAUUUAGGGUCAGCUUAAAAUUGAUUAUGUUUACAGAGACAAGUUCAUUUUAUGUAGCUCAUGUCUGAGUGGCAAUACAGUAUCUUAUGUACAACUGAACCAUGCCCAAAUUAUUAGAUCCUUUAAAAUCAGUUGUCUUGGACAGGCCAUAGUGGCAUAGCAUUGUACUUGCAUGGUUAUUUGCUUAUUGUAGAGUCAUAAUGUUCAAGGAGAUUAUAAAUGAGGUAGUUUAUGGAACUGUGUUGGGUGCAUUGUUAUAAUAGAUACUCAUGUUGUGUAAUUUGUUGUGUCUUAGAUUUAAGCUAUAGGUGUUUGAGUUGUUAUGCUAAUAUUCAAUCAAACCUAAAAUAGAAUUUGCCAGCAUGGAGCAUUUUGGAGUUUUAGAGUUUUGUACAUGAAGAAAUUGUAUAAAUUAGCAUAGCAUUCUGUACACCUUGUAGAACACUGCACGCUGUCUUUCUGCCGGUUCUAGUACUGAAACUAAUCACACAAAGCUUUCCAGUAUUGCUAUUUGUACUUUAUAAAGCGCUCAGUGUUUUCUGCCAUUAUAAUCUCCUUGAGAGAAGUUAAUUUGAAGCUUGCAAAUAAUGUAUGUUUUAAAUAAGAAUUUGUAUUACAACUAUUGAGAAAUAGAACUUGCACUUAUAUCAGCAAUGCUUAUCUAAAAUAUUUAAAUUUAAACAAACCUCUUGAUACUUAAUGAGUAUUAGGCCACCUUCUCCACAAGAGGUGCCUAUAUAACCACUGUAUUUAUCUAAAUUUAUAUAGAAUCUUACCUACCAAAAUUUCAUAGAAUUUGGUCUAAUAUUUUCUGUAAAUAAAUCAGAUAUGUCAAUAAAAA